AACGUUCAAAACCCUUCACUAUUUCUAUUUUCCAUCAUUUUCUUCCCCAUUUUUUCAUCCAUUUGCUCCCUCCUUUCUCCGGCUAAACUUCCGGCGUGACGUCCGACUUUAAUUUGAUUAACUAAAAAACACUUAGCACGUUGAGUAGUAAAUCGACACCAACGCCACUUUCUUAGUUUUAUCCGCCAUUGCUAAUCGUUUGUAUUUUUUUGGUGCAUUAAUGGAAACUGCAAGUGGGUAUCUGAAUUAUCAUCAAACUGCCUCUUUUGGUUCGUCUAGAAGAGAUGUCUCUUACAGCUGUGGCAGUUGUGGAUUUGAGUUAAACCUUAACUCAUCAAGUCGCAAUACUGCUUCCAUUGGUUCCAAGUAUGGGAAAUCCAUUAAAAAAGGGAUGAUCUCCUUCUUGUCCAUUGAUGAGAGCAGAUUUACCCAGGUUGAUGAAUUUAAGUGUGUACCAUUCUUUUUCUCGAAACGUUCUUGGGGCUUGUUCCAGCGGCGAACAAAACUUCAGUGCAGAAAAUGUGGUAACGAUAUUGGAAUUGCUUAUGAUGAUAGUGCUUCUUCUUACCCACUUGUAGCCGAUGAAUCAGAUACAGCCUCUGGCAGUGAAACAACCACUCACAGAAAAUACGAUAUCAAAAUCCGCUCCUUGCAACCGUCUUCGUCAGCAUCGGGUACUCCUCUUCCCGAGUGAUAUAAAUCAUGUGAAUAUUUCUUCUGUGAGGAAAGUUUGGCAUGUAUUUAUGAUAAUGCAAUAGCACUGCUGAAAUUUAUAAAAUUUGAGGUGCUUUCAUUUCCUGUUAAAUUUCUUAUCAAGUAAAUAAGACUCGAUCAGAUUACAGGUUUGGUUGGAGGAUUUGUGGGAUUUUUAUUACUAUCCAUCUCUCAAGAGGUGCGCAAGCGCUCUCUUGAGGGAUGUGGUUUGUAUUUUGUACAUAAGAAACAGGACUGUCAAUGAGUUGUGGAUUUGAAGCAGCUAAGUUUUGCAUUUGUGAUUUUUGAUUGAGUGUUUUGAAUUGUAACCUAAAUCAUCAGGCAAUCUUCAAGCUGUUACAACUUGCAACUAUGAAUUCAUGGCUGCUUAUAUCA